AUGUCUACCACAAACGCAGACCCCUGUCUCAUGCACUUUCUCAUACCCGGAACCCGUCCGUCCGUCGGCAAAAACCUCUCCACAUGCAUAUCAUCAACAGCAGCAGCAACAGCAGCAAUAACAGCAUCAUCACCCACGGCAGUUGGCGCAGAAGCCUCAGAGCCUCUUGCCACUAAAAUAGCAACAUCCGGCGAAUUCUCGCGCUUACCCUGUACCACCACUACAUCCAAUGCGCCCACCUUGUCUUUUACUUCUAGCGGUGCAUCUGGUGUUGGUGCUGAUACUAAUACUGAUGCUAAUGCUAGUGUUGCCUAUUCGGUCACCACGGCCACAGCUCGUAUGGGGAAACCUCUACCAUCUCUUUCUCUCAACUUUCCUUCCUCAACUCCAACUUAUACUCCCUCAUCACCCCCAGCUAGCCCAAUGAAGCCUGCGUCCCGACUUUCUACAGCUCUUGCAACAGCAUCAUCACAAGUAUCACUUAGCGAUCCAACCCUAGGACAUUUAGUUGUACAACAACGACAACAACAACAACAACAACAACAACAGCAACAACAUCUUGCUAUGGAUCCUGACGCACAAAUUCUGGCAAGUGCACGAACACUUCUUCAACAAGAACUUAAAACUGGAACAUCUAGCAAAAACGAUCCCAUGCACGCGACAUACCUCCGACUGGCACUACGUGCUCUCGACACCCUAGCCGCGUCGCCCAAUUGGCGCAUCACAAUUGUUGUGGCCGGAAUCCCCGGAUCUGGCAAAUCAACAUUGGCUGCAGCUGUGGCUGAGAUCCUCAACAAGGCAUAUACUGCAGCUUUAGAAUCCAAUUCUUCUUCUUCUUCUUCUCUCUCUCCUCCUUCUUCUUCUUCUACCACGACUUCUGCGCUAAUUCUACCUAGUACCCCCCGCAAAUCGUUCAGUUUGCCAUCGGGUGCAUCAACUGACAAUAAUAAAAACCACACUGGCUCAGUCGGAUUUGCAGCAACCGUCACCAUGGACGGAUACCAUCUCACACGAGCCCAGCUCGAUAAGUUCCCGAACCCCGCAGAAGCUCACGCACGCAGAGGAUCCCCAUGGACUUUUGACGCACAGGGUGUGGUCGAUAUGGCACGGACUCUCCGUGCGUCAUGCGUGUCCCGGUUUACAAACACAGACGAAUAUUGCGAAGAUUACUUUUCUUGCCCCCGGCAAUCUUUGUCCUCACAAACUCUGUUACCAAUUGACAUUGUGGGGCUGUCUCCUCCCGCGCGGAUGUUGUCCUCCAUGUCGUCGUCGUCGUCGACCUCAAUGUCACCUUCAUUGUUAAGUUCCUACAAAGAUCUUAGUCAUCACACAAACAUUAAUAAUAACCCCGUUAUUAUUAAUAAAACCCCGGAUAAUGCAUCAUCCCAAUGCUGUCACAAUCCAUCAGCCGUGCCUUCUACGAUGGUCACAGUUCUGCCUGCUUCGGCUUCUGAUUCUAUCACCAAUUUAACACUGCCUGCAACCCCAGGCCGUGAUGACGAGGGUGAUCAUGGUGUUUCCAAUGCCCAUGUCCACAAGAUUCUGGACCAGCAACAGCAGGAACUGCCCCCAACACUUUAUUUCCCUUCGUUUGACCAUGCUGUCAAGGACCCCACGCCUAAUGGCAUUAUGGUCCAAUCUAACGCUCGCAUCGUCAUGCUCGAAGGCCUGUACUUGCUUUACAAUGAAGCACCCUGGCGCGACAUUGCAGCCACCGCUGAUGAUUCGUGGAUGCUGGAUGUGACUGUCGACGUGGCUACCAGCAGAUUGGCUGCUCGACACCUUGAUGCAGGCAUUGUGACGUCGCUUGAGCAGGGUCUUGAGCGCGUCCGUACUAAUGAUGAACUCAAUGCAAGACUCAUCCAAGCAAACACUGUUGAGCCCCAGCUGUGGGUCCAGAGUGUGCCUUAUUCUGUUUAA